AGCAGGGGGCGGUGAUGGGCUGACGAGGAGAGCGACCACGUGAUCAAUAUUUACGGAAGUGUCUCAGUGACCUGCAGUCAGCACUGUGUCGUAUCUAUUGUCUCAUGUUGAUGUUUUGCUUGGUUAACUACUAAAAGUCGAUGCGUUUUCACUAGCUGUGAGGAUAACAGUGAGGACUGAGCCUGGAGGAGUCCGGGUCAGACAGUAAACACAGCAGCAGCUGUUCAUACGAGGCUAACCUAGCUGCUAGCUGUGAACAAACAGCUAGCUCUGGUUUUCACUUCCCGUCCUGUGGGCAUGGCUGUCUGCCUGUAUGCCUGCGUGUGUCCGGGCAUCAUAUAAAGUCUGUGUGACGUUAUUUAUAUUGUAUUAUAUGGCUGCAGCUUCUGGAAACAUUGAUAAGCACUGACCGCUAAGCGAGCUAACCGUACGUGAGCACCAUGGGAGCCGAGCAGAGUGGAGACGCGGAGCACAAACACUCCGACUACAGCUCGUCCGUGGUGCCGUCUCCAGCAAAGCAGAAGGCAAAGAUGGAUGACAUUGUGGUUGUGGCCCAGGGGACCCAGUCAAUGCGAAAUAUCCACAAUGACCCAGAUGUCAUAAAGCUUCAAGAAAUACCCACCUUUCAGCCGCUCUUGAAAGGAGUGCUGAGUGGCCAGACGUCACCCAGCAGUGUGUGUCUGGAAAGACUGGAUGCUGCCCACGUUCUGCAGCUCUGCGUCCGAUACCAAGACCACCUUCACCAGUGUGCCGAGGCCGUGGCCUUCGAUCAGAACGCCCUGGUCAAGAGGAUCAAAGAGAUGGACUUGUCCGUAGAAACCUUGUUCAGCAUAAUGCAGGAGCGCCAGAAACGCUACGCCAAGUACGCCGAGCAGAUCCAGAAAGUCAACGAGAUGUCCAUGAUACUGAGGCGCAUCCAGAUGGGUAUCGACCAGACUGUGCCGUUGAUGGAGCGCCUCAACAACAUGCUGCCUGAGAGCGAGCGCCUGGAGCCCUUCAGCAUGAGGCCUGAUGGGGAUUCUGCUACCAAGUAGCCUCCUUAAAGCCAACACAGCUGCUUCUUAUCUGAGUCCAGGAGGAAGUGCACGUCUGUCCAGCUGUAGGAAUACUAAGUCUUUACAUGGGUACAAAAGUCUUAACCCAUUAAAGUGUUUUGUUUUUAUAGGCGUAAAAGUGUGAGAGUGCUCAGGUCAGCUCUACAGGUCAAGAUCAGUUCUCUUUAUUCUUUAGUUUUGCUGAACACCCACAGUCUUUAGCAGCAGCAGCAGCAGCAUACCUACUUACCACAUAGCACGUCUUCUCAGCACACACACCUGAGUUUAACCACAAUCUUCUGCUACUGGCGACUGAGCAGCUCUACUGGAGCAGUUGCCAGCUUAAGAAGAGAUGCGAUCAAAUGUAGCCCAACUGCAGCGGGGCUGGAGAUUAUUACUUAUCUCUUUCCUGCAGGGAAUCAAACUGGCAAUCUUCCAGGCACAGGCUUGCCUUAUUAAUCUAAAGGCAGAGUAGGAACAAACAUUUUUGACUGAGUCAGAAUGAACUCCAUACGCUCUAAAAUGGACUGCAGAUGUGUGGCAGGUUUUAGAGACUCACUUGGUUGUGAGCGACAUAUGAGUAUUUCAGAACUCUACCUGCAGCUCUGUGGAUUUGCGAACACUGGUAGUGGAUUCAUUUUGGAUCUUGCACGUCACAUUACAAAUAUUUGUUGUUUGUGAUUACAUAUUUUAAUUUUAUCAUUUUGGGACACCAUGAAGAAGAGACUCAAAGAGAGGACCAAGAUGCAUUAUUGCCUUUGGAUUACAUAAGGAGCAUGGACGUACUGUACACUGAAAGUGAACUGAGAAACUUCUCGGACAGAAGAUUGCCUCUCAAUAUUGUCAUGACCUUGUGAACUUGAGUUUUACGAUGACAGAAGUUUAAUUUAUUUGGGUACUUUAGCUUGAGCAGUUGUGUCAAGCCUGUUUGCAUGUAAAAGAAGAGGUGACAUUGUAGAAACGUAGCAAAUGACUCACAUGUCAGAUACGCCUGACCAAACCACACUCUGCGCUGCAGUUUCAGCAUUAACAUACCAAAGAUUUGCAAGUUCUCAAAGCUGUUGAAUAAGUGUCACUUUGGAAACAGUUGGUCAUCUUGGCUCUCUUUGAGGAAAGUUAAUUUCAUCCUCAAUUCUUGUAUCUUAAUGUUACGGCUGUUUAGGCUCGACGGGCCAGUUCACACAAAUGAUGAGGAAAAAACUCAAGCUAUCCAUCUAUGACAGGGCUGUCAUGCUCAUUUUAGUUCAUGGGCCACACACAACCAAAUUUGAACUUAAGUGGGCAAGACCAGUAAAACCACUGCAUAAAUAACAACACGUCCAAAUGGUUCUGUUUCUUUUAGUAUUGAGAAGUCGAAGUGCAUUCUGAAAACAUUCACAAUAAAUGAUUGAUGAAGCGUCCAUCUACAGAACGGAUGUUGAACAGCCCAACAUGAAAA